GGCAGCGGCGGGGCGGCAGGAUGGUGCUGCUGCACGCGCUGUUCGAGCAUGCGGCCGGGUACGCGCUGUUCGCCGUGCGCGAGGUGGAGGAGAUCAGCCUGCUGCUGCCGCAGGUGGAGGAGAGCGUCCUCAGCGUGGGCAAGUUCCACAACGUGGUGAAGCUCGUGGCCUUCUCGCCCUUCAAGUCGGCGCAGAGCGCCCUGGAGAACAUGAACGCCGUGUCGGAAGGCGUCCUCCACGAGGACCUGCGGCUGCUCCUGGAGACCCACAUGCCCGCCAAGAAGAGGAAAGCGCUGCUGGGGGUCGCCGACGCCAAGAUCGGGGCCGCCAUCCUGGAGGAGCUGGGCUACCAGUGCCAGACGGGGGGCGUCGUGGCCGAGAUCCUGCGGGGGAUCCGUCUGCACUUCCACGCCCUGGUGAAGGGCCUCACGGCCCAGUCGGCCUCCAAGGCCCAGCUGGGCCUCGGCCACAGCUAUUCCCGGGCCAAGGUGAAGUUCAACGUGAACCGCGUGGACAACAUGAUCAUCCAGUCCAUCAGCUUGCUGGACCAGCUGGACAAAGACAUAAACACCUUUUCCAUGCGCGUGCGGGAGUGGUACGGGUACCACUUCCCUGAGCUGAUCAAGAUCGUCUCGGAGAACUACACGUACUGCCGCCUCGCCAAGUUCAUCGGGAACCGCAAGGAGCUGAGCGAGGAGAGCUUGGAGGGGCUGGAGGAGAUCGUCAUGGACAGCGCCAAGGCGCAGGCGAUCCUGGAAGCCUCCCGCUCCUCCAUGGGCAUGGACAUCUCCCCCAUUGACCUCAUCAACAUCGAGAGCUUCUCCAGCCGCGUGAUCUCGCUGUCCGAGUACCGCAAGGGCCUGCAGGAGUAUCUCCGCUCCAAGAUGAGCCAGGUGGCUCCCAGCCUCUCCGCCCUCAUCGGAGAAGUGGUGGGCGCUCGUCUCAUCUCCCACGCCGGCAGCCUGACGAACCUGGCCAAGUACCCGGCCUCGACGGUGCAGAUCCUGGGGGCUGAGAAAGCCCUUUUCAGGGCGCUGAAGACGCGAGGGAACACGCCAAAGUACGGGCUCAUUUUUCACUCCACCUUCAUCGGGCGAGCGGCCGCCAAGAACAAGGGGCGCAUCUCCCGCUACCUGGCCAACAAGUGCACGAUCGCCUCCAGGAUCGACUGCUUCUCAGAGGUGCCCACGAGCGUCUUUGGGGACAAGCUCCGGGAGCAGGUGGAGGAGCGGCUGGCCUUCUACGAGACCGGGGAGCCGCCGCGCAAGAACCUGGAGGUCAUGAAGGAGGCCAUGGUGGAGGCCAGCGAGGUGGUGGCUGAAGUCAAGAAGAAGCAGGAGAAGAAAGAGAAGAAGAAGAAGAAGCGGGAGAAGCGGCGGCUGGAGGCGCUGGCGGCGGCUGCGGAGGAGAUGGAGAACUCGGUGCUGGAGCCGGAGGAAAAUGAGACAGAGCCCAAGAAAAAGAAGAAGAAAAAGAAGCAGCAGCUGGAGGCUGCAUCAGAGCCGGAAGAGAAUGGGCUGGAGGACGAGGCCUUGCCCAAGAAGAAAAGGAAACUAGCAGGAGAGACUGUUCAGCUGGAGAAAAAGAAGAAAAAGGCCAAGGAUUUGGAGGAGGAGGAAGAGGAUUAGGAAAGUGAGGAGGAGCUGGAGCAGGGCCGGUGCGUAGCAGUGCGAACUCACACGGGUUGGUGGUUCGCUCAGCACGGCUUUGUACAUGACCCAUCGGCUGGUGUCCAGCAUUUCACGGCAGCUGCAUGUCCUAGAGUGUCACUCAGCGGGGCGGCCCCCAUUAAAUCCGUUCUGGUACCUCGUGUCCUGGGUGCGUUCGUUUGCCCUGUGACCAGGCCCAGCCACGUUCCAGUGCUCGAGCUUCGUCGCACCCUUGACGCAGCGUUGGCCCCCAGCGCUGCCGCCGGGGCCCCUCCACGAGGAGGGGGCUGAGGGUGCGGCGGUGCCAUGGGCUCUGGGCCGUCUGCCCCUGUGCCGCGCCCAGCGCCCACGCGGUGCGGCGGAGCCCUAGACCCUGCUGGGAGCGGGACGGGGCGAGGACGUAGCUCACAGCGUGGCUGAACCUCAAUAAACGGUUGAGGCUGGUGA